ACUGAGAACCAACAAUACUCAAAAUGGCGCCGAGUGUUCAUGAAUAGUGAGCAUUGAACAAGAUUAAACGUCAUAAUACAACAAUAAAAAAAAAGAAGAAAAAAAAUGAAAGAAAUUUGUUUGCAAGUGAUUAUGCUAAAAUGACUGUUUAAUUAUGAAACUUGAAGAUAAAAUUGCACAACCUAAAUCAAAUAUAAUAGAUCAAUUUUCUAAUGGGCGGAAGUGAAUGAAGUUCAAACCAUGGAUUUUCCUUAAUAGGCCAUUAUUUUUCACUGCAUACAGAAGAAAAUAAAAAGUAAUAAUUAUUAUCCGAUUAUUAAUCAUAACCGGAAAGAGAUUUAUGAUUAAAAAAACUGAAAUGUCAGCAUGGAAUGAAUUUGGAAUUUUCGUGGAUUCUUGGCAGUAAACUAGAGGGAAUUUUCGCGCUUGAAUGAUGAGUGAAGUCGACGAUGAAGGAGAUUUAUUAAGCGGAUGGCGUGAAUGCUCGAGUUGGUUGAUAAGAUGUGGAGCGUUACGCGCGGAUCAUCGGGCAAAUUGGCCAACCGCGACAGCACGCGAUUUGGCAUAUAUUUUAAGAGACGGCGUAUUAUUAUGCAAUCUCUUAAAUAUUUUAGAUCCUGGAUGUAUCGAUAUGAAAGAUGUCAAUCAAAAGCCACAAAUGGCUCAAUUUUUGUGCCUGCGCAAUAUCAAAGUCUUUCUCUCAACGUGCUUUCAAAUAUUCAAUCUCACCGAAUCCGAUCUCUUCGAGCCGCGAAUGCUCUUUGAUUUAACCAAUUUUCACAAAGUUCUCUGCACGCUUAGCUUACUUUCCAAUUCACCUCGAUUGCGACUCAAAGGCAUUCCAGGAUUCGUUGUGAAGAAGGGUCGAUCGCAAGAGGAUAUUUAUAAGGAUUUGCAAAGCGUCGGUGCUGGGCGUGAGAGCGAGGGCCGUCGGAGGAGAUUUAGAUGGCGCGAGAGGGAUGAGGCAGGAGGAGGUGGAGGAGGAGAUGAUGAAGAUUCAACUGGCGAAGAAGGUGGCUACGGAGCUUGCAACAGUAAUGCUCAUAAAGAAAAAGUCUACCAUGAUUUAUGUAGACUGCACCUUCCUCCUCCUCCGUCUACUGCACAGGGGGCGAUUGCUGGUGGAGAGAAGAGAGAUUACGUUGUUCAGGAAUUAGUCGAAACGGAAUGUAAUUACUCGGAGGUUUUGAAUAGUUUAUUGAGGCAUUUUGCCAGGCCAUUGUCGUCAAUGCUAAAACAAGAGGAUUCGUCAAGAAUAUUUUUUGGUAUCAAGGAUCUUUCAGAAAUUCACGCGGGCUUUCAUAGUUCGCUUCGUAAAGCACGUAAUGGAGCUGCUUUAGCACAAGUCUUUCUCGAUUGGCGAGAAAAAUUUCUCAUCUAUGGAGAUUAUUGCGCAAAUUUAACAACCGCUCAAACUGUUUUGCAAGAUAUUUGCACGAGGAACGAGGAUAUUAAUCAGGAAGUCGUUAGGUGUCAACAGGAAGCAAACAAUGGGAAAUUCAAAUUACGUGAUAUACUCUCAGUGCCAAUGCAGAGGAUUCUUAAGUAUCAUUUAUUAUUAGAGAAACUAGUGGAAGAAACUCCUCGCGAUUGGAGCGAGGAUCAUCGUCAAUUAUCGAAGGCAAGAGAAGUUAUGGUGGAUGUAGCACAAUAUAUUAAUGAAGUUAAACGAGAUUCGGACACUUUGGAUAUUAUAAGGGAUGUUCAAAGAUCAAUAAUCGACUGGGAUGUACCUGAGAAUGCGGAAUUAAAAGACUUUGGUCGAUUGCUUAUGGACGGAGAACUCAAGGUGAAAGCGCAUGGUGAUCAACGAGUAAAGGCAAGAUACACGUUUGUUUUCGAGCAAGCUGUACUUGUGUGUAAAGCAGCACGUGGCGAUCAGUAUUGUUAUCGAGGAACAUUGAAAUUGGACGAUUAUCGAAUCGAGGAUCAUACGGGACGACGUACACUUGGCCGUGAUUCACGAUGGUCCUAUCAAUGGUUUUUGGUUCACAAACAAAUGCGAACGGCUUACACACUUUUUGCACGAACUGAUGAUCUUAAACAAAUGUGGAUAAAAGCUCUGCAAGACGCCAUGGAUAAUGUUAAUCCCGCUGCAUGCCGUCACACUAAUCAUAAAUUUAAACUAACAACGUUCGAUAAUCCCCGCAGUUGUCAGCGGUGCGAGAAAUUCCUCAAAGGCCGAAUAUUUCAAGGAUAUAAAUGCGACGUAUGCGGGCUUGCUGUUCAUAAACAAUGCAUUAUAUACUCGGGAAAAUGUAUGCCCGCUCCACCGCCACCCCCGCCUCCACCACCUUUACCUUGCGAACGAGCGCUAACAGACAAAUUAUGGUAUGUUGGAGUAAUGGGUCGGGACGUUGCUGCCAGUAAAUUGGAAGCCCGAGAAGAUGGAACCUAUAUGUUAAGGUUACGACCUGCCGGACAACCACGACUCCAAUAUGAAACAAAUUUCGCCCUAAGUAUCAAAGCGGACGGAACAGUGAAACAUAUACGAGUAUUUCAACGUGAAGUUGAUGGGGCCGAUUUGUAUUAUCUCGGUGAAUCACGAUUCUUUAAGAGUGUCGUUGAACUGGUGGAAUUUUACGAGAGAUCGUCGCUCGCUGAAAAUUUUGAAAAACUCGAUCAACGUUUACUAUGGCCAUUUAGGCGUGUUUUAGCAAAAGCUUUAUACAAUUUUCGUGGCGAGGAACGCAAUCAAUUGAGUUUACGUCGUGGAUGUCGAGUUGUUGUGCUUAGCAAAGAAGGCGAGGCAAAAGGUUGGUGGAAAGGAAAAAUAAACGAUCAAGUCGGUUUUUUCCCCAAGGAAUACGUGGAAGAAGAAUAAUAAUAAUCAUAAUUUUCCAUCGGCCUUUUAAAAAGAGAAAUUCUACAUCAAAAAAAUAAAAAUUUAGCUUAUCAUCCAUAUAUACAUUCUAUAUAUAUACAGUGAUGUGCUCAAAAAAACAUAUCUCAUUCCGCAUGAAUUUAAUCAUCCACUGAUCAUUAAUUAAUUCAAGUGAUCGUUGUCAAAAUGAUCCCUGUAAUCGUGAUGUAUUUUUAAUUCUACGAAUUCUAUAAUUUACGAUUAUGUAUUUUUAAUUCUACAAAUUUUAUAAUUUUAAUAUUAUAUUACUAUAUUUAAUAUGCCAUCAAAUUAUGAAUUUAAUAAUUCAUUAUAUCAAUUCAUGAAUUUUAAUUCAGUGAUUUUUAUUACCAAAUUAUAAAUUUAAUAAUUCAUUUUUAAUCCUAUUUAUUAUUAUGUAUAUUUUUAAUAAUUCAAUUGUCAAUGCGACGAUUAUUAUACCGAUCAUUGGGAUUAAUGAGUCUUCAACGAUCAGCAUGAAUUUUAAAUGUCUAAUCAUGGAGCUAAUAUGGUAGAAGAAAAAAAAACCAAGUUAAGCGAAAAUUCUGUUCAAAAAAGAAAUUAGGAUAAAAAGAAUUGAAAGAAGAAAAAUAACGGAUUUCGAGGACAGUGCGAGAGAAAAUAUUUGGACAUUAUUAUGUCGGUGGAUUAUUUUUUUCUAUAGAAAAAAGAAAACAUUUGCUCUCUUCCGUCGCAGUGUUAACUAUAAUAAUUACAGAAAGAAAAAAAAAUUUAAAUACGCAUUCUGUACUAUAAAAAAAUAUUAAAAAAAAGAAAAAAUAGCGCGCACAUGUAAAUGCAUAUAUUAUUAUAUAUAUAUUAUAUUUAUGUAGGUAUCUUCACUCGCGCGCAUUAUUAAUUCAUGUUAUGUACUAUUAUUGUUAGAUGCGAGAAGGUCUACAAUAUUUUUAAUUCCGAGACGUAAUUCUCCAAUUGUGCCAAUACAGAUCGUCAAUAAAAUUGGGAUUUGCCCGAACCGUUAUAGAAA